UCUGAAUCUCUUUCCAUCCUGUCGCUCUCUUCCUUCACAGUCUCUCAUCCAGCCAGCACCCGGCCAGUCGUUCGUUCUCACGCUCUUUUGUGCUUUCAUCACCCCGCAAGAACCCAUUCCCCAAGAAACUUGAAUCUAACUAAACGUGUCGCUCCCAUCUCAAAUCUACCAUCAUGUUGUUCGCCAAGUCCACUCUCCUUGCCACUUUGGUGGUUCUCUGCAACGCCGUUGUUGCCUCACAGACCAACGCUUGUCUGCUUUCUGCAGUGGGCUCCCAGCCAAACCCCGCUGAUCUCCAGGCUAUCUGCGUCACAAACGUCGACAAAGUGAAGACCAAGAUUGCGGAUCUCUGCGGAGACGAGACCCAAAUGGCUAUGGUGCAGUUUGAGGACACUUGCGCGUCCGCAGGCUACAAGGACGUGAACCACACAUUUACAGCUUCCUCUGGCAUCGCCUCUUCUACCUCCGGACCCAAGACCACCAAGACGGGCCCUGUCAUUGUCAACCCCACUGCGUCUCGUUCUAGUGUGAUUCCCUCCUCCAGCUCUAGCCAGUCCCAUAGUGCCUAUCCGAGUCAGACCGUCUCGUCGGGCUCGUCUGACCGCCAGCUCUCUGCUGCUGCGUUUGCGGCGGUUGUGUUUGUGGGAUUUGCAGCGACGCUGUAGGUCGAUCCACUUCUGUUUCCAAGCCGUGGCUUUGCGUCACCCGUGUAUCUCGUUCGAUUCGUGUCGCAUUUAUUCGGCCACUGUCACAUGUUAUAUGAGCGUAUCCAUCUGCAGGGACAUGAUGUUCGGGUUCGGCAACGGGCGUGAUUUCCUCACGAGCUCUGUAUAGUUAGCAAUGGUAAUUAUUCUCGUGCGAUGGGUCCCAGUGGGACUCUAUUAGUAGCUCUGAAGCAGUGCUGCUGCCCAAGCUCCGAAG